GAACGAAAACAGAGGUGACAAAAUUAAAUAUUAUUGCUUUCUCUUCUGACCCUUGAUGACCUCUCAUCAAUUUCUUUCCAUGGAUAACGCCUCCUCCUCAUCCUCCAAACUCCCACAGAAGUACGAUGUGUUAAUCAACUGUACUGGAGAAGACAUCCGUAGGAAAUUUGUUUCUCAUCUUGAUUCUGCCCUCUCUACUGCUGGGCUCACUACUUUCCUUCACCACCAGAAUGCAACCAAGCCAACGCACAUCCAACAACCUAUUCUCAACCUCUGUCGGGUAGUAAUUGUUGUUUUUACCAAAACCUAUUCUGAGUCUGCUUGGUGUCUUCUUCAACUUCAACAAAUCAUCAAAUGGCACGAAACUUAUUCCCGAUAUGUUCUGCCCGUAUAUUACGAAAUUCAGCCAUCUGAUGUACGUCUUCAAGAGGGUGAUUUUGGAAAAGCCUUCAAAGCAACUGCACACCAAACAUUUUCAGCACAACAAUUGGAUCAUGGCAUGUCCAGCUGGAGCCACGCACUCACCAAAGCUGCAAAUUUUUUUGGAUAUGAUGAGAGCAAUUACAGGAGUGAUGCUGAAGUUGUGGACAAAAUUGUUAAGAACAUUCUUAAUUUAUCAGUCUUGUCUGCAACUAAAUUUCCAAUUGGAUUACCAUCCCACGUAGAAGAUCUGAUUCAAACUAUAAAAUGUAAAUCCGCGGAAGUUUGUACAAUAGGGAUAUGUGGAGAGGUAGGAUACGGUAAAACCACUCUUGCCAAAGCCAUCUAUAAUCAAAUUCAUGGUAUAUUCGCUGAGAAAAGUUUCAUCGAAAAUAUUUCACAAGUUAUUCAAACAAGAGGGUAUGCUAAGUUACAAGAAAAACUUCUUUCGGAUGUCCUUAACACAAAGGUGGAGAUACAGGACGUUGAUAUGGGGAGAAGAAUGAUUCAGGAUAAAUUUUAUGGGAAACGAUUGCUCAUUGUACUUGACGAUAUGAAUGAGAGCGGUCCAUUUUUAGAGCUAUGCACAUAUCGUGCUAGGUUCAGUGGAGGAACUGUAAUAAUCAUUACAACAACAGAUGAACGCAUACUCAGGACAUAUGCAGUUGAUUCUGUAUUUCAGAUAAAGCUAAUGAACGAAAAGGAGUCUCUUGAGCUUCUUAGUUGGCACGCAUUCAGUGAAGCAAAACCAAAAGAAGAAUACAAUGACCUUGCAGAAAGAGUAGUUAGUUAUUGUGGAGGACUACCUCUAGCUCUUGAACUCAUUGGAAGUACUUUAUUUGAAAGGACGAAAGAAGAGUGGAAUAGUGUAUUGUUUAAAUUUGAAAAAAUUCCUCAGCACCAUGUUGUGCACAAAUUGAAAAUAAGCUUUGACGGUUUGAAAAAUCAAAUAGAAAAAGAUUUAUUCCUUGAUGUAUGUUGUUUCUUUGUUGGUAAAGACAGAAGCUCUGCUACGAAGAUCCUAAAUGGCUCUGGAGUAGACGCUGAUAGUGGAAUAAGAGUCUUGAUAGAGCGUAAUCUCAUAAAAGUUAAGAAGAACAACAAGAUUGAAAUGCAUCCUUUGCUACAAGAAAUGGGAAUAAGAAUUAUUCGUGAAAUUUCAAUAAUGGAACCUUGGAAGACCAAUCAGUUGUGGUUUGACAAGGAUGCAGAAUAUGCAUUGAUAGAGAAUAAAGGGAAAAAUGCCAUGAAGUGGUUGCCUCUGAAACUGGAUCAAGUAAAAAUAGCUGUAAAUUCUGAAUACCUUUUACAGAAGCUGAGAUGGAUUAGUUUGCAUGGGUUUCCUUCAGAGUACGUUCAUAACAAAUAUUGUGUGCAUGAUGCAAUAACGAUUGAUUUAAAACACAGUCUUGUUCGAUUUGUCUGGAAAGCACCUCAGGUUUUGAGGUCGCUAAAAGUCCUUAAUCUCAGUCACUCCAAGUACUUAACAAUAACCCCUGACUUUACCGGACUACCAAAUCUUGAACAACUAAUUCUGAAGUAUUGUCCGAGAUUGUACAUAGUACACCGAUCUAUUAGAUGUCUUUGCAAUCUUAUACUGCUAAAUUUGAAGAAUUGUAAAAGUCUAACAAAUUUCCCCACAGAGAUAUAUGAGCUGAAAUCUUUAAGAACUCUCAUUCUCACUGGUUGUUCGGAGAUUGACCUAAUGGGAAAUGAUAUAGCGCAGAUGGAAUCCUUGAUAACUUUAAUUGCAGAAAAUACGGCUGUGAAAGAAGUGCCUUUUUCAAUGGUAAGCUCAAAAAGCAUUGGAUAUAUAUCCCUACGUGGAAUGGAGCGAUUGUCACGUAAUCUUUUUCCUUCUAUCAUUUGCUCUUGGAUGUUGCCAACAGUGAAUCGCACAUCUUAUAUUCAUUCAUUUUUCAUGGACACGAAGGAUAAUAGUUGGGAUGAUAUUGCGCCAUUGCUUAGCACCCUUAGAAAUCUAAGAAGUGUUUUGGUGCAAUGUGACUCUGAGUUUCAACUAUCUAAGCAAGUAAAAAAUAUUCUGUCUGAAGAUUUUGCAAAUAUUACAGAAUCAGAAAUUUCAAAGUUUCACACGGUGUCUUCUUUGAUUGGUGUUGGAAGAUACAACGCAUUCUUCAAUUCUGUCAACUAUAGCAUAUCUGAGGUAAUGACAAGCAGUGAUUCUUGCGAAGUGUUUUAUUGUUUGGCCCAUAUAGGCGAGGGACACUCGGUUUCUUUCUCUGUGCCUCAAGAUCGUGACAUGAAGGGAAUGGCUUUUCGUGUUGUUUAUUUAUCAACCCAUGAAAUCAUUGAACCUGAAUUUACUACUCCCUUAAUUGUUAAUUACACAAAGUGUACAUUCCAUAUACACAAUCAUGGUACAGUCAUUUCCUUUAAUGAUGAAGAUUGGCAUGGCAUAGUGUCAAAUUUACGAUGUGGAGACAAGGUGGAGAUUUUUGUGAGUUUUGGUAAUGGAUUGGUGGUCAAUAACACAGUGUUUUAUCUUAUAUGUGGUGAAUCACAUAACUUCAGAAAAAGACUCUGAUGAGCCAAAGAAAAAUUCACUCAAAAGAUUCAUAAAGAAAACUGUAAGGUGACUUCUGGAAAGCCAUUUAUCUUCUUUGGAGCAGCGAGAUCACUUUAGUUAUGGAAUUAAUCCUCUAGUCCUUGAUUGCUAUUUAUUUUUUCCCACCCUUUCCUUGUUUUUCUUUUGAGUAUUUAAUAAAUUCAUGUUUAUUUUACCUUGUU